UGGUGGUGCCACCCAGCAUCCGUGGAGAAUGGGAAUGUGCUCUAUUUUCACUGCAGGAGAUCAUUGCGCAGGCGCAGUGACAGUGAGAAACUAAGAGUAUGCGUCGUGUCAGUUUGGGAAAGGUCGGUGUUGAGCUCACGGAGAGAACGGCAAAGGAUCACGGAGUGCGUGAGGUUAUUAGGAGGGAAGGAUUUGCAGUCAGGAAACUGAAGCUAAACAUCCUGUUAGGAACUGACAGACUCCCCAUUUGGCAUAAACUGAAGAGCAUUGGAUUUUGAUCAUGGAAGCAAAAGGAUCCAUUCACACCGGGCAGAAACUGUACACAUGUCCUGUUUGUGGACAAGAAUUCAGCCGAUCAUCGGGCCUGUGGAAACAUAAACACAUUCACACUGGGGAGAAGCCAUGGAAAUGUGGAGGGUGUGAGAUUGGAUUCAUGUGCCUAUCUGAACUGGAAACACAUCAGUGUAGUCACAAUGGGGAGGGACUGCUUACCUGCUCUGAGAGUGGGAAGGGAUUCACUUCUUCCUCCACCAUGCUGACACACCAGCAAGGUCACGCUGACAAGACACCUUUUAAAUGCUCAGAUUGUGGGAACUGCUAUGAAAGUUCAGGGGAACUGCUGUCUCACCAAUGUGUUCACACAGAUGAGAGACCAUUCAGGUGCUCUCACUGCGGGAAAGGGUUUAGGUGUUUAUCUAAGCUCACUGUACACCAGCGACUUCACACCGGAGAGAGACCAUUCACCUGCCCUGAGUGUGGAAAGGGAUUCACUCAAUCAUUCAGGCUGCUGAGACACCAGCGGAUUCACUCUGAGGAGAAACCAUUUCAAUGUCCAGACUGUGGACAGUGCUAUAGAAGCUCCGAGGAACUGGUGUCCCACCAAUAUGUUCACACCAAUGAGAGACCCUUCAGAUGCUCUCUCUGUGGGACUGGAUUCAAACGAGGAACUGACCUCAAUAAACACCAGCGAGUUCAUACUGGGGAGAAGCCAUUCCGCUGUUCCGAGUGUGGGAAGGGUUUUAUUAGAUCAUCCCAACUGUUGACACAUCAGCAAGUUCACACUGGGGAGAAACCGUUUAAAUGUACAGACUGCGGGAAAUGCUGUAAAACUUCCGGUGAACUGAUUUCCCAUCAAAUUCUUCACACUGACGAGAAACCAUUCAAGUGCUCUCACUGUGGGUCUCAGUUCAGGCGAUCAUUUGAACUCACUGUACAUCAGCGAGUUCACACUGGGGAGAGGCCGUUCACCUGCUCUGAAUGUGGGAAGGGAUUCACUCAAUCAUCCAAGCUGGUGAAACAUCAGCGAUUUCACACAGGGGAGAAGCCGUUCAGAUGUGCUGAGUGCGGGAUGACAUUCUCAGAGUCAUCCAAACUGGUGAAACAUCAACGAUUUCACACUGGGGACAGGCCAUUCAGAUGUUGCGAGUGUGGAAAAGGAUUCACCGACUCAUCCGACCUGCAGAAACAUAAGCGAAUCCACACAGGGGAGAGGCCAUUCACUUGUGCUAAAUGUGGGAAGGGAUUCAUUGAUAGUUCUCAUCUGCUGAGACACCAGCGAGCUCACACUGAUGAGAGACCUUUUCAAUGCCCAGAGUGUGGGAAGUGGUAUAAAAGUUCUGAGGACUUGAUCCGUCAUCAACGUGCUCACAGUGACGAGAGACCGUUCAGGUGCUCUCACUGCAGCACUGGCUUUAAGACAUCGUCCGAACUUGUUAGACACAAGCGCAGUCACACUGGGGAGAGGCCAUACACUUGUUCUGAGUGUGGGAAGAGAUUUGCUCACUCAUCCAGCUUGCGGAAACAUCAACGAGUUCACCAGUAAUGACUGUGAUGGAUUUUGUUGUUCAUCACAUCUGGAAGUGAACCCUGUUCAAGGGUGUCUGUUUCAAACAAUUCUGAUGUACCUCGGUCAAGUUUUAUAUGCUAUUAUUCAAGAAAGAAGUCAAAUAAAUCAAUUUUGUGUUAAA